GAUUCUACAUAGGUACAUUAAAAUUAAAAUAUUCCCAUUAAUGCAAUUUUUAUAAUGUUUUGAAUUAUAUUUUUUAUAAAAGAAAUUACGAAAAUUACAAUCAACGUUUUGUUUAAAAUUAUGUUCCAUACACUUAAAAUUUUUCUGAAUUUUAAUGUGUUACCUACAGUUCUUUUAGAAUAGCUAUCAUAUUUUGGUGAAAUUCGUCCAAAUCAUGAGGAUUCUGUGUCCUCUACUCGGUAGAAACGAUUUCAUCCGAUUGAUUGUAUUUAUGUGUGCAAAAUAAACAGAUAUUGUUACGUUAUAACGAUUUAUGUGGGUCAAUAGUGAGAAGCUAGACAACCAUAAUGAAUGAGAAAAAGUUGGUACAGAAUUUCAAGAGCUACAUCAAUGUUUCAUCCGUGGGUAAUGGAGAAAAGAAUGGUUCUGUUCGUGACUUGAAGCCCAAGUUGCUAAAUGGAGAAAUGAUCGUAGGAACGGCUCACAGUGUGGUGAUGCUAACACCACUUGGGGAACUUGAGCGAGGAAGGUUUGGCGCCCUUUUCGUCACCAAUUAUAAGCUUUCGUUUGUACCACUAGAUUCUUCUCCCAAUGAUGAAUAUGGACAAAGAAAUAACUUGGUCGGUGUGUUCGAUGUUCCCUUAACGUGCGUCGGAGCUCUGUGGUUAACGGACGGCGGGACAACGCGACGGAGACGACUCUUGCCCAGAACUGAUAUUCCCGUGAAGCUUAAAGGCAUACAACUUGUUUGUAAGAAUAUGAAAGUCAUAUCAUUCAACUUCGCGAACUCCCCACUGGGCACAGCGCGUCAAGUCGUGAUGGCGUUGCUCCACCAUGCCUUUCCGAAACGUCACGAUCUCUUAUUCGCCUUCGAGUACAGAGAGCCCUAUUACCCAACGUUGCCGUCAGACAUGAACAUGUUCCACCGACCUGCCGAUUGGAAGAAAGAGCUGGAGAGAUGCGAGUGUCCCCAUUGGAGGAUCACGUGCAUCAAUGGGACAUCUGACGCCUUCAUGUUGACGGCUGGAGAAACUUUGAUAGUACCCAGCUCGGUUUUAGACUACAAUUUGAUGGAGAGUGCGAGGCACUUUCGGUCGGGACGAGUUCCGAUCUGGGUUUGGGGAAGGGCGGAAGGCGCGGCGUUGUUGAGGAGCGGGGAGCUGUUGCCUACGGAGUUGUCCGCCACGGCGGAAAGUGUACUUUUGGAACAGGUUCGGCGGUCGCACCCCAAGCUGACGCCGCCGUACGUGAUCUACCUUUGCGGAAAUAGUUACACGAAUAGUGGUACCGCCAAUGUGCUACCAUCGCUAGCGAUACUGAACUCCUCGUACAAGAAAUUAGCGGAUCUGUGUACUCCGAACACGCUUUCACAGUUUUGGAUGCAAGACUCCCAGUACUAUUCAAUUCUGGAAUCAAGCCGAUGGCUGAGGUACGUGUGCAACUGUAUCACGUUCGCGGACGACGCGGCGAGGCAUAUCGCUGAUAACGUCACUGUUGUGUUGCAGGAAGGUGACGGCGUGGACUACUGCGCUGUGGUAUCCUGCAUCACCCAACUACUUUUGGACCCGCAUUUUAGGACCAUUUCGGGGUUCCAGUCCCUUAUUCAAAAGGAGUGGUUGGCGCUUGGACAUCCCUUUUGUGACAGAUUCGGCCUGCCACGCCCCGGCACCACAAAAGAAGACAUGGACAAAUCUCCCCCAUCACAAAGUGCUCCAGUCUUUCUUCUCUUUCUGGAUUGUGUGUGGCAGCUGCAAAACCAGUUUCCCUCGGCCUUCCAGUUUACGGAGACCUACCUAACGACGCUCUGGGACGCUGCGAAUAAUCACCUCUUCGACACCUUUUUGUUUAACUGUCCCAGGGACCGGGAUUUGGCUGUUAUGAAGAAUUUCACCCAACGACCGAUUUGGGACUGGGCUGAACAAUUCAGUGAACAAGACAUCGCUUUGUUCUACAACCCCUUGUAUGUCGGACAAAGGAGUGCGACGCCUUCACAGAGAUUGUCAAUGUCGUCCGUAUGCAGCCGCAAAUCGGCGAACGAGAACGGGCGCCUGGAGCCCUGCACCAACAUAGCGGCCAUAGAAGUGUGGUCGCAAUGCUACGAGCGGUGGUUGCCUCCUCUCGAUGCGCCUUCUGCGGGCCGAGUGCAAUACUACUUGUACAACUGCUCGGCUAAGGCACAGAUUCAAAAACUAAACAGUCACCUAUCGUCUCUUUCGAUAAUGAACGAUCGCAACGGAAGAGAUUACGAGCCUCCGCCUUCUCCGCCGGCCGUCACCCGCUUCUACCCGUUCAGCCUGAAGACCAGCGACAACGUCGCCCGAAGCCUCGACGCCAUGCAAGUAAGCCUCAUAGACGCUACUCAGCUCUUGGAUUCACAGAGUCUUUUAAAUGCGCCGGAUUAACUUUUAUGUAGUGUUCGUUAAUUCUAAUACUCUAGAAAAUAAAACAAUAUAUAUAAUGUAUACAAUUAUACAAAUUUUAAAAUGUUGAUUGAUUUGUCGUGACUGAUUGUAUUAAAAAACAGUUUAAUAGUAUUUUUGUUUGCACAGUUAAUGAUGACAUUGUUCACUUUGUUGUAGAGGGAAUUAUAAUAGAAUAGUAGAAACUUAUGUACCAAAAAUUGUAUAGCCGUCUCGCUUUUUACAAACAGAUAAGAGCGAGAGAAUAACACGUUUUAAACUAUUAACAUUUUGCGAUGGGAAAUAUAUUCGCGUAACGUAUUAAAGUAUUUUAAAUAUACAAAUUAAUAAAUAUAACUAGUUGAUUGUUAAAAAAUGCAACAAAUUUACUGGUUAUACAAAAAUUCUUAGUAAUGCAAAUAUAUUUGGUUUUCUUAAUCAGUAACAGUUGUAGAUAGAGUACAUAACUUUUGAAAAUGUACUGUUUUUAUUGAAAUUAUUUUUAGUAUUUAUAAAGUAGAUUUUAUGUUUCAAUAUAUUUGAACGAUUUAAUGUAUUCAAGUUAAUAUCACUUGUUUUACAUUUAAUUUUAAGGAUUGACUGCGAUUGCUGUCCAUUAUAAAUGAUUGUAGUUAUUUGUAAAUAAACCGUAUGUUAUAUGUAAUAGUAGUAUGCUAAAGCAUAAAUUGAGCAAAUUAGUAUAUUUUCGUAAGAAUUAUUUAUUGUCGAAGAUAGGACCGGAAGUAACCGACUUAAAAAAAAUGUCUAUAAUAUUAUUGACGAAAAUAAGAGAUACUAAGGGUGAUUCAAUAAAUUACUAAUAUUUUUAAGUUUGUAAGUCGAUAGUUUGAACCGGUCUUAUAAUUACGAGUUAUUAAUAGCUUAUGGAGAUUGGCGUUCAUUAUUUUUGUACGUUUUAUUGUCCAAUAUUUAAGAUGGACGUUGCUAAUAUUUUUUUAAGUCUUGUAAAAUGAUUGUGAAAUAUAAUUAACGAUGCUGUUACCAAUAUGUAUGUUACGUAUUUAAAAUAAAGGUUCAAAUGAUGAUGUUCUUGUCAAAAUUGUUUGGUACGGAAAUUAAGUUCAUAUAAAUAAUAUGACUUAAAAUAUAUUCUAAUUAUAUAUCAUUAAAAUAACAGGAUUAGUUAAAAGAGAUAUCUUCCUUAAACAUUUAAAAAAAUAAAAAGAAACAUUGUUAUGUUGUAAAUAUGACAGCUAAUUUUUGUUUGUUAUUAAUAUUAAUGAGAAUAAUAUAUUCACCAGUUUUAACAUAGCGAUUAAUUAUAUGCAGUGUAUCUGAUUCUACGUUUUUCAGUACAAAAAAUGUUAUUAUACAAAUUGUAUAUAACAGUUUUUAUUGUGAAUUGUACGAAAUGUAAAACUUCACUUUAAGUGCCAUUUGAUCACAAUGAUUUUAAAAAUAUUUUGUACUGGCAAUAAUACGUCGUUUCUAUUGGAAACACGAAAUGUGUUAAUUAUUAUUUGUAUUAAACAUAAGCGACGCAAAAGGAAGAUCAAAUAAAGUAAAUAUAAACCA